CUGUCCUCUUUCUUCCCUCUCUUUAAAACAGAACAAAGAUGCCGACAUUACGGCGAGCGCAUAAAGGCGAGGCUGUGCGGGCAGCGCUUGGAAACGAGAGCGCGGAAGACGUGAUUGAUAAUACGGCCACACCGGAGAAGCCAAGGGACGGCAAGGCUGUCGCAAAGACAACACCGAAGCGUCGCGGUGGCGCUGAUGAGGUCGAUGAUGUCGUCGCCACCACUCCCGCAAAGAAUGGAGAGGGAGAGGUGCCCUCAAAGGCGGCGCGGUCGGCUAGGAUCCCCUCGUUGGUGGUGUUCCCGUUCGUGGCGGGCAUCAGCUUCAUCACGGCGAGUCUCGGAUACAGCGUGGUGGCUGAAUUGACAAACGGGGAGUUGGCGACGGUGAGCCGAAGCCAGGAGACGCCAGAGGAGAUUUAUAUUCUUGCUGGCUGGAGGGUGUUUGAGCUUGCCCUGAGCUGGUUCGGCGGACUGGACGGCUUGGAUGUUGCGAUGAUGGAUUUCUUGUCCCAUGGACCGGCGAUCUACCUCCUGUUCGCAUUUUACAACCUCAGUCCACAAACCGCCAUUGCUGCCCUCGCUGUGGACGUCGUCUCUGCGUCGGUCCCCUUUUCUCUUUUGCGACCUUUUUCGGCAGUCCACAAGCCAUCUUCGAAGCUGCCUAACCGCGAGCUCAUCGGAUUCCCUCAGCAGCUGCUUACCACGGGCCUCUCAACGAGCAUAUACACCGUCAUCUUAGUUCUGUCGCUGCGAUUCCUGCUGCCUAAGAUCUUUGUCCUGCACUUUGCAGGCAUCCGCAGCAUUGAAUCUGCAUACGCGGCGUCUUACGCUACUGUGCUGCCCGUGACACUGCUCUUCGGCGCCGCUGCAAGCACCUUCAUUUUCCCGCCGUUUGCCACAGCUGGCAAGACAAAGGAAGACGAGCGCGUCACCAACUUUGACCCCGUAGAGGCCAGUCUUGGAGAGACUGUGUGGUGGAACUUCUGGGGCUAUACGACCAAGGCCAAGGUUGCCAUUCUACGCACAGCGGUGACUCUAUUGGUCACGGGAGUCAACACGUAUCUCUCUUGCGCCAUGACCAUUCCUGGCGUUGAGCAGACCGGGGCUGCUGCAUAUGCCGCGGUGUGGGUGUUUGCAGCUCUAUGCACCGGCCUUGGACUGGGAUUCGUGGGACGCGAUUAGAAAGGGCUCGAGACCUCUUCGCAAUGAGACUUGGUAGGCAGAAUUUUGGGUAGCUGGAGGUGCUAGGCAGACAGGUAAGAUGUAGACAGCGCUUGUCUAUGUCUUUAGUCUUUUGCGCCUUUGGAUUUGUCUAAUUUUGUAUUAGUACUGUACCCCCCUUCUUUUUCUUUUUCUUUUUUUUUCUUUUCUUUUUUCUUUUUUUUCUUUUUUUUUUUUUUUAUACUUUCUUUUUUCUUUCUUGUACUUUUCUUCCUUUUUGGUAUCUACAUGGGAUAAUUGGUGGAACGCGCUAUCGGAUUCUUGGUUAUUACUGUAUGUAUUUUCUUUUGCUUUUUUGGUGUAGCAUUGGGGAAACGGCAAGGUUCAGGGUAGUAGUAGGUGAGGUCAUGUGGUAUGUGAUGUCUAUUGUUUGUCUACAUCAGGUAGGCUGAGUAUGAAGAAGGAUGAAAAAAUAUUAAAUGCUGAUAGGCAACUGUGGUGGAUGGGGAUGAAGACUCGAAAAUGGGAGGAAUUUGGAGGAGGGUGAGAUAGUCAAGAAUAAACAAAAUGAUAAAAAAUCAGUCAUUUUUU